GGUGUAUGUAUGUAUGUACCUUCAUGUUCAUUACUUCAUUGUACUAGUUACAUUUGUUGUGCUUACAUUUACUUGGAUAAAAUUGAAGGCUUACAGAGGUUAUUUGAAAAAGAAGACUGACUUACCAAAUCAAAAGUUAACAAAAGAAUGUAUUCAAGAAGUGUUAAAUAUAGUCAAACUUGACGAUAAUAAUUGAAUUUUUAAUACAUCAAGAAAUGUGCACUGGGAAGAAGACCUGUCAGGUUGAUAACAUAAUGAUUGAUUAACGAUGACCGAUUAUGAUACAAUAACUAGUUGGUCAUCCGAAUUAUAUGAAUCAUAAUGGAAUAUCUUCCAGUAUCAGCAAGAUAAUGCAUAAAUAUAAAAUAUUUAAACAAUUACAGUAUAUGUAUGGAAUUUUUAUAACCAUAUUUUAAGUACACUUGUAUAUAAACAUGGCGCAAAUACUAACGUCGGCCGCUGAUGGGCUGCCAAAACAUUUUGUCGCUGCCAUGCGUACACUUUUUGAUAUAAUGGAUGAUCAAAAUACAGGGUUUGUCAAAUUUUCUGAUAUCGAAGAUAGAUGGCAAGACGAUGGAACACAGGGUCUUCCAAAAGGUGUUUUAGAUAGUCUUAAGAAAGUUACCCCUCCGAAUGGUUUGUUAUCUUUUGAAAGGUUUUGCACUGGACUAAAAAUUUGCUUAUUGCAAAUUCAAGUAGACUCUGAUCCCAAAAAACACAGUGGCCAACCAAAUAGGCCACCGUCUGCUCCAAUUCUUAUUCCAGAUAAUCAAAAUAAAACAACAUGUACAUCUCCGAACACAGCAACUAUUAGACCAAAUAAUGCCAUAUCUCAACAACGAACUUUAAGUAUGCCUCAGUUAUUAGCAGGUCGUAAGGAUGUCAAUACACAAUUGGAGUUAAUGGAUGCUAGAAGCGGAACUGAAUCAAAACUAAAUAAAGCAUAUGGACCCCCAAAACCUCCCAGAACAGGUGCUGCAUUAGAAGUUAGAGCUGUUAAUACUGAUAGAAAUUUCGACAAGUCUGAAAUUCGAACAGUAUUACAAAACUGGCAAAUGGGUUUGUUAAUGAAUGAUGAUAAAGCUAUAGAGAAACGACAAUUGCCAACAGUAAACUACAAACCAGAUACAAGAACAUUAUUGAGACCAACUCGUGUGUUAGGAGAUGGUAAAGCAGUUGAAUUACAAAAUAAUCAAGUUGGCCUUCAACUUAAAAAGUCACUAAAUCGACGUAGAGAACCUAGACGUCAUACGUUGCAGAAUGGUAUUGAUUAUAAUAUGAUGAAGAGAAUGAAACAAAUCGAGCAAGAAAAAGAUGUAUUGCUUCAAGGUUUAGCUGCAGUUGAUAAAGCUAGAGAAUGGUAUUUGAAGCAAAUCUCUGCCACUCAAGAAAAGAUCAAACAUCUUGGACGCAUGGGAUCUCAUGUGGAGCAGUGGACAGAAGCACAACAAGAACGUUUAGAAUUGCAACGUGCCCGGGUGUUAGAAGUUAAUAAACACUUGGCUGCAUUAAUUACUAGCUGGGAACGUGGGGGUCUUCCCCUUCAUAUGAAUCUUGCUUUUCUUAGUACUCCAACAUCUACACAACUUCAGCAAGACAUGCUUUCUGGGCUCAAACAACAAAAUCAUAGACUGACAGAAGAAGUUAAUAAGAAAAGCCAGCGAAUAGCAAUUCUCGAACAAGAAAAAGACAACUUGGUGCGAGAAUUAUAUAAUAGGCAAGGUGGUAUGGUUCAAUCUCGGAGAGCAACAAUGAUCCAUGAGCAACAUGAUCAAACAUUCAUGUAAGAAUAUGACUAAGACGAUUAUUGUGAAGAUUUGUCACUGAAAAUGCAAAUGCAAAAUGUUGAUGUAUAAUUAUACACUUAUGUGAAACUUAAAAAAUGGUAGUAAUAUUCAAACUUUAGAUUAAGUUUGUAAAAAUUUGUUAAAUAUUCAAGGUACUAAUAUUCAAAGUUAGAUGUAUAAUGUAAACGAAGUGCCUUAAAACAUUUAUAAUCCGUCCACGGAUCUGGAAGAUUAUUUCAGAUUCAUCAAUAAAUUAUUCUAAUUAUCAAAUAA